GUGCCGGCCCCUUUGCAAACCGCGGCAGGCGGCGGCCCGGAGGGGCGGGGCGGGGCCCCGCCCCCGGGCUGCGAUCCAGGCCGGGCUUUGCCGUCCCGGGUUGGGUUCCCAGAGCGGCCGCGAUGCGGCUGCGAGCGGGAGCGGCGUCCAGGCCGGGUUUUGCCUCUGCCCCGGCUGAGCUGCAGCCGCUGCGCCGAGCCCGCGCCGCGAGCAUGGUUCUUUCCUCUCCGGCCAUGUGAAAGACCCUGCAAAUGGGGGAAAAACAACCACUGGACGGGGGAGACAGGGGAACAGACCGUACCAGGUGCUGUCAAACACACAGAGACCACACAACAGGAAUGUCUCCUCCUCCUCCAGUCCUUGUGUUCUGAGCUGUUACUUGCGGCGAUAGGACAUGAGCAGUGUUCAGACAGGAGUGUGGGUCUGGAGCUAAAGGUGACCCCUUCAGCACGAUGUGUCCGUAUUUCAGCCUGGAUUGCUUCACAGAAAUCCCCAGGCCUCCUGCGGCUGUUCUGUGGUGCGGGGGAACCAGGGAAGAACACCAGCCCUUCCUGCCUCUUUGCAUGGGGUCUUCACACCAGGCGCCUUACGCGGGAUGCUCAGGGUUUAUGGUGUUGGGCAGUGAGGGUUUGCUGACUUGGACUCUUGGCUUAUACAGCAUGUGUUGGGUUUUACUGGGAUUUUACGCUUGAAGAUCCCCCACCUGUCCCCGCAGAUAUGUCCCUCGUUCUGAGCGCUGCUGGUCAUUUUAGAGCUAGGGUGAUCAGGCUGAUGGGGAACGCAGGUGUUGUCUCCCCGUCACCGUUGAGAAGUGGUGAGUCUGUGGGACUCAGGUUACAGAACCUGCUAGCGCGUCUCUGUUGCAUAUGGAGUCUGACAGCAAGGCUUUGGCGAGCGGGGGAUGCAGGGUAGUGGCAGGAGUCAUCCCUGGGCCGUGUGGGAAGGGUAUGGGUGGCUGAAUGCCUUGUCCGGCGCUUGAACAGUUCCUAGGCUGUGCUGUGCUGUGCUCUGGGACUCCGUGUGGGAUAGUAGCUGGGGUGCUUAGGUGGGGGUCCCAAGUGGUGCUGUUCACCUGCCCUGGGGAUUUCACAACCCACAAGAUCUGGCUGAAGAAACCAGGAGAUGCCUGCCGUUUUCAUGGUCUGGAGCUACUGCCUCUGCUUGCCACAGGCAUCUUGUGGCUGCCCAUGGAAGUGUCCAUCUUCCCUUGGGGUUGAUGAUGUUGUGGGUUCCUAGUCCUUCCAGUUGGAGUCAGAAGGAAUGGGCGGCCCUGUGCUGAGCAUCCUGUCGCCGCUCGGCACCUGGGGCUCGUAAAUAGCUCUUGGCUCCCAGGGAGCUUGCCCAGGGUAGGGAGAUGGAGCAGCAACUGUCUAGAGCAGGGGGUUCUCAAACUUCAUUGCACCGAGACCCCCUUCUGACAACAAAAAUUACUACAUUACCCAGGAGGGGGGACUGAAGCCUGAGCCUGCCUGAAUCCCGCUGCUGCUGCUGGGAAGCCAAAGGAGAAGCCCAAGGGCUUCAGCCUCAGGCUUCAGCCUCAGGCAGGGGGCCUGUAAUCUGAGUCUUGCCACCCAGUGCUGAAGCUCUUGGGCUAUGGCCCUGGGUGGUGGGGCUUGGGCUUUGGCUUCUGUCCCAGGCCCCAGUAAGUCUAAGCCAGCCCUGGCAACCCCAUUAAAAUGGGGUUACGACUCACAGUUUGAGAACCACUGGUCUAGUGUUUCCAGCCAGUGCUGAGAUUCCUGUCAAGUUUUGGAGAAUAACCCCCAGCCACCCUGCCUGGGACAGACUCCCUGGGGCUGCUGGAUUCUUGCUGUUCAUUGUGGCUCCUGGGCAUGGGGAGGAAGCCUGACAAAGCCAGUCUUCAGGAGCCAACAAAGCCCAGCUCCCUGGGGUCUGCAGGACUCAGGGGACUGGGCCAUUUCCUUCCAGGUUGCUGGCAUGAAUGCAGCCCAGACUGCAGGCUUGGUGGCCUGCAUGAAGAGCUGUGGGAGGGGGUGUCAGGCUAGUCCCCUAAGGCCUGAAAGCUGAAUCUACUUUUAAAAACUCCAUCUUAAGCGUGGGUUGCAGAGCCUGCCCCUGUGGGUACAGCCACUGAUUGGGCCCUGGUCUGGGCUCUUUGCUGGCCAGCUCUAAGUCCAGGCUACGUUGUACUGGCCUCGGCAGCAUCUUCCCAGCUCGAAUGUUCCCUCUGCAGAUGCCACCGCGCUGAAGUGGGAUGGGGUUGCUCUCUCACCCUGCCUCAGUGCUUCCCACCCCACUCCCAUGCUGCUCCAGGGCAGCUUGUGUCAUCACAUGGCUCGUCCCUGUUUGUCCCUGCCCCUCGAGCACAGCACUGCUGGGUGGAUGGGCCCCUUCCCUUGGAAUGCAGCCCCAGCUUCAAUGCCCCUCCGUGAGUCGUGCUGUAGCCAUGACCCUGGGGAGGUGUCUGUGGUUUAAUUCCACCCAGGGUCUCUCCUGCAGUCCCGGUGCCUGUCCCUUUUGUUCCUGAAGAGACAGGCUCUGCUGAUGCCUGCCUCUCCAAAGCUAGGGCAGGGUACCAGGGCCCUGCCUGCUCCUGAUGAAGUUGUGGCCAAGCUCCUAUUGAAUCAAGCCCGCAAGCUCUGCUGCAUUGCACGAGCCCUUCCCCAGGCUUGCUCUGCGGAAUGCGUGUGCACCUGCUGCACGGACCUGCCCAGUCCGGAAGGGCCCUUCCAGCCCAGUGGGAUUGGAGCCCGACAGGUCCCAGACACUGAUUUGAAAGGAACUUCAAGACCAAUCGGGAUACAGGCCCAGGACCUGGCAAGACUCUGUGGACUCCAGAGGGGCUGGGGCAUGUCCCACUGGCACCUGGAGGGAGUGGAUAUCCUUGCUUUGUGGCUGCCAGGGCAGGGCUCUGGUGGCUAUGCAGUGUUUUGUGCAAUGGACAAACCUCACUAACCUGCUGCCACCCAAGGAAGGGACUGGGGAGUCACUCACUGAGCAUUCCCUGCUCCCAGGAGCAGGUGAGACUGUUCCUCAGGUCCGUGUGUCAUGGAUACCUUCAGGCUGCUCCCUGUCUGUGUCUGCAGCGGGGGCUGGGAGUUAGCCAGGCCUCCUGAGCCUGUGAUCUCUGAAGUGCUAAGCAGGACCAGUGCAGCUCACCUGCCAGGAACAGCCAGGUGCUUCGGGACAGUACGGGAAGUUCUCCCUUCGCAGUAAGUGCUGACCCCACUGCCCCAGAGUGACGUUAGGGGGUGAUGUCAAAUGGCACCUGACCGCUUGGGAUCAUUGUAUCCGUAGCCAAAAUCCCAAGAAGCUGGCAGGACAAAGCCGGCUCAGAGGUUCUCUGUGCUGCAGGAUUGAGCGAAGCCAUGAAGGAACGGGACGCAGUGCCGGUCCGUCCCCUGGCAAAAGGGGGCUGCCUCUGGGCCAGCUGCCCCGUGGAGCCAGGGGCUCCUCACAGCCCCAGGUGCUGUGGUUAUAGCUGUCUGUCCUAAGGCAUCACAAGGUGGGGUGUGUGAGGGACAGAGCCUGACCUCUGCCUCCCCUCUGGGGUGCGGGGCUCAGCUGAGUCCCCCGGAGGGUAGCUCCGUACCGCUGGCUCAGCUCUGGGAGCGCAUGGAGCUGUAGAAGGGAGAGUGCCUGACGGGCGGGAUUCGUAGAGUUUAAGGCCAGAGGGAUCAUUCUGACCAUGCAGGCGGAACCUCUGUGGAGCACAGACCAUGCAGCCCCUCAUGGUUCCCGCAGCCAGCCCAGAACUGGCUGAGCUAGAGUUGGGCUUUUACAAAAAGACACUCAGCCUUGAUUUAGAGCCUCCAAUGAUGGAGCAUUAACCCUGCAAGUUGCAUCAAUGGCUAAUUCCCCUCCUUGUAAAAAGCUUGUGCCCUGUGUUCAGUCUGAAGUGUGUUAUUCCUGUGUGAAAGUGUGUGGGGUUACCCUAGGGCCCAAGGAGGGCAGCUGUGUCCCGGCUGGGGCUGAGAGUUACUUUCCAGUGCAACAUACCUGGAAAUCCAGCUCAGGGCCCAUUCCCUCAAUGGUGGUGUGUACAGGGUUGUUCUGGGGUGGGCGACCCCACUGACAUGGCUCACCCAGAGAGGCUGCUGCAGGAGGGAGCAAGGGGCCAGUGGUCUGAGAGGCCUGGAACUGCAUGGUGCCUGCCCCUGCCAUGUGCCCCUCAGGCAGCCAAAAAGCCCCUUCUAAGAAGGGGAAGGGGAGGAGGCAGUGGGCUGGCACCUGGGUACCACUUGCCUUGGUCUCCCAGAGCAGUGCCCUCACAGGGAGAUGACCACUGGGCACAGGUGUCAGUGGCAUCUCGGGUACAGGGAGGAGAUCGGGCCCAGGAGCUCCUGCAGGCUGAGCUGCUCCGCAGACCAUCCCUGGCCCACAGAGGCAGUCUACCCCUUCUUGGGGUGCUUGUGUGGUUCUUAGGGGGAAUUGGCUGUGGGGUCUGGUCCCAGCAGCUUUCUCAGGAUGUGGAGUCUGCUGCUGGAGAAUCUGGUGCUUGAGGUGCAGGGAGCCCUGCCCAGCCUCUGAGGAGUGAGAACCCUUGCAGACCCCUCUGAGGUCCCAGCGGCAUCCAGGGUGGCCCAGCUCCCCUGAGGAGCGUGGGUCCCUCCUCCCCAGGUUGAAAGCCGUAUGUAGGUGGCUCGUGGGAGCAGAUGCUGGGUUCCCUAGGAGGGAGAUGACCUUGCAGGGCAGGAGCUGUCAGACAGGUUUGUGCGUGGCAGUGAUUAAAGGGGAGUUGUGUGUUUACACAGUGCCUGGUGCAGAGAGCUGGGGCGUUACACCGGAGCUGGCAGCUCCUGACCCAGGGCCCCCAGCAGGGAUCUGUCGGGCACUGGCAGUGCUGGGCUUGGAGCAGGCUGAGAUCCCUCCUCUUGUCUCCCAAGCUUCAGCGGUGCAGAGACUGGUAACAGGUUCCCAGCUGCGGGCCUUGGACAGCUUCAUCUCCUCACCCCCACACUUGGGUGUCCUGGUCUCACUGGGGCUCUGAAGGGAAGAUCCCCACCCCCCGGAUGCUCGGGGAUCCAGGGCUGAGUGUUGGAGAACCUGGGGGUGAGACUCAUGGCACAGUCUGUGCUCUCCCGGCACAGGCAGUUCUGUCACAUGGACAGCCUGGCAGCUGUGCUGUUCCCGUGGGAGCCUUCGCUCCCAGCUUAGCCUGUUCAUUUUUGGCUGUCGUGACGUUAUUCCCAGGCUGGUUGGUCUUUGCUGGGCAAGUCAUUUAACUGCUUUGCCCCACUUUCCCCGUCUGUAAAAUGGGGCCUCUAGCGAACUGUGCCCCGCUGGCUCUGCAGUCUUUGGCAAGGGGAGGGUGUUGGAGGCAAGCCCCUGGAGACUGCCUUUGCCAGUGGAGAUGCCACUGCUGAUUUGGGUGCCCAAGGCAAAGCAUGAGCCUGCAGUGAGUGGGCAAUGGCCUUCAGGGGCAUUGGGCUGAGUUCCGCAGUCCGGGCAGGUGGAAAUGCUGCCCAGAGCGAGGAGCUCUCCCAGCUGGGCACUUGUGGGCAUCAAUGCAGUUCUUAGUUUGGGCUGGGUUACCUGUGCUCCCUCCUGGUGCGGCAGCAGGCCUUAGAACUGGCUGGUCUCGCUGCACCCGCUGCUGCCCAGGGUUGAAGGGCAGGGCACUGAGAGGGGAACAGGCAGCUGCUCCCUCUGCGGUGGAGCCAGCCUGGGGAGUGGACCAAGUUGGGGGUGAUGCUAGGGUCGGUAGCCCUAUGCACUGAGGGGGAGGCCUGACCGCUGCCCUGGGCUGGGUAGCACUGGGGAGGUAAGGGCUGUUCCUGCCUGCUGCGCCUCAGGGGAAGGGUGAGGGGCUUGUCAGUUGCUAGCAGCAUUGUCCGUUUCCUCCUGGGCUUCCUCCCAGGCCCAGCAGGGCCCAGAGUGUGCAGCCUGGAACCUGCUCAGGAAACUGCCACUUCCUGCCUCACGUCCUUCCUGUUCCUGCCUCCCCCGCUCGUGCCAUCUGGCCUGUGCCCCACAGCCCCCAUGCCACAGCAUCUGCUUCUGUUCGCUGCCUGAAAUGGAGUGUCUUAGCCUUUCCCCUCCUCGGGGCUGGGGCAGGACUGUCCGGAGGAGCUGGACGCCUAGCCCCUGUGUCCAUCCUCGAGAGGAUGGAGUGCGGGGGCGGGGGGGGGAUCACAGGGAGUGCAGGCCAUGGGGCCUUGGGUACAUGGAGGCCUGGGCUGCCAUUUGCCUUGCUCCUCUUGGUGCAGCUGGUCAGGCCUAGAAGGUCGAGGUGGGGUAGGAGCCCUGUUCUGAGCCCAUGGGACUUGGCAAGAGUUUGUCCAUUAAGUGCAGUGGGGGCAGGAUCAGGUCCGAAUGGAAAAAGAGUUUCUGGCUCAUGUGCGGAGCUUCUCCCCAGCCAGACUUUCUAUCCCAGCCGCAGCAGUUCCCUGCUGCCCUGAGGGACUGGGGCACCUUGCAUCUGCCACCUGUGGGCUCUGGCAUUGUGCUGUUGUUAGGGAAGCACUUGGCAUGAUCAGUGGCCCAGCCUCCAGCAAAGAGCCAUGUUUCCCCUGUGGGGGAUUCCCCUGGUACCUUGCACUUGUACCUCAAGGCUGAACGGUGCUGGGCUUCUUUCCCCCAGCCCCAGCUCCUGAGCUGGGUUCUGGUCCUUCCUCUGAAGGGAAAGGAGCUGCACUAAUGGGGAGGUGAGGUGCUGGCCUGACAACCCUGGGGGAGCCAGUCAUGCCCACAGCAGGCACAGCUCAGAGAGGAACACUGCCCCCCUCCUUGGGAGCCAGGGGGUAGCAGCCUCUGUAGCCCAGCCAGCCCUUGGCCCCUCUGCUGCAGCUGCCAACAGGGAGCUAAGCUGGAUGCUGGAUUUUGUGCUACUGAGACCCCAGUUUGCUGGUCCCAGGCCUCAGAACAGCCAUGGAGGGGUGUUGUCUGCUCAGCUGGGCUGGAUCCCCCGCACGCCUCUUGACUGCUCGCCCCUGAGCUGGUCUGAGGAGCCCCACCCCAACUCAGUGCUGCGGCUGGGUCUGCAAAGGCUCCUGGAAGCACCAUUGGCUGCUGGGUGUGCGCACGCACGCAGUACAUGAAAGGUCAUGCUGCUGGCCCAGGGUCCCGUCUGAGCUUGGAGAGGGCAGCCACAGCCCCGUGCGGACCAAUUGUCCAGGAAUCAGCCUGGGGACACAGCCCAGGCAGGUGACAGGAGCUCUGGAGCUUGCCUGCCUGGCUGGGUGGCAUGUGCUUGUUUUGGUUUCCCUCCCCAGCCCCCCAGGCGGGAGGAGGAGCUGGGUGUGGGAACCACCACGUCAGAUAGGAGCGAGCAGUUCAGCCUUGGCUGGGUGGCAGGGCAGAUCGACUUCCAGCCGGAUCCUCCCGGCGUGCUGCUCCCCGGGGCUUGGCUCUGGCUGCCUGGGGGGAGCAGUGCUGGUACCACGUGCUGGUCUAAUUCUCCAUGGCAACAGCACAGGUCCCUCAUGUGACCUGUGACCCUGGCAACUGCUUCCUUGACUCUUCCCUAGCCUCUGCGCCCGGGAGCUACGGCUGCGGCAUGGGCAGCGUGGGCAGCCUGGUGGAGAAACAGGACUUGACGCCUGUGGAGCUGAGGGCGGUGCUGGGGGGCUCGCGGGGGUUCCGGCAGCCGGACGGCCUGCUCCGGAAGGGCCCGAGCCAGCGGGAGCUCUUCAGCUACCUGCACAGCGCCAGGAAGGAGCCCCGGGCCGAGAGGAAGCACCAGGCGCCGGGGGCGUCUCGGGACUACGAGAGCGACCGUGAGAACCGGUCCCCUGACCGCUACUCCCGUGAGCACCACCGGGGGGCAGACUUCUCCAAGAGCUCGCUGCCGGAGCGGGGCCGCUUUGACAAGUGUCGGAUCAGGCCAUCGGCCUUCAAGGCAGUGGCUGGGAAAGGCCUGGUGUCCAUGCAGGGCCUGGCCUCAUCCAAAGGGCAGAAGCUGUCGAAGAGCAACGGGAGCCUGCACACCCUCCUGUCUCAGAGCAGCACCAGCACCGGUCCCUCCUCCCAGCAUGGCCCCCUGCGCACCCACCUGCUGCACACCAUCAGCUUAGACGAGGCCUCCAAUUCCAGCCACAACUCCAUCCAGAGCUUCCCCAUCUACCCUCCCCACUUCAAACCUGCCCAGGGCCAGUUCAGCGCCUCCAUGGGCCAGAUCAACCACAUUGGGGGCUCCCUUGACAGGGCCUCCUGGGGCCCCAGAGACCCCCUGGCAGUGGAGAAAGCGCCUCUGUCCUGCAAGAGCAUGGCCACGCUAAGCCGGCUGCAAAGCUCUGGGGAGCCCCCACCCCCUUAUGAGUUCACCUACUCCCUGGAGGACAUGGUGAAGCAGCUAGAGGACCGGCUGCACGAGAAGAGUGGGGAGCUGUGGCAGUUGAAGAGGAGCCUUAGUGAGACUGAAGACCCCUUCACACAGGUUUUUGAGGACAAACAGCAUCUGUGGAUGGAUGCGCUGGACGAGCUGAAGCAGAUGUAUGUCGCCAAGCUGCAGCAGGUGACCCAGCAGGCCCAGCGCAGCCAGCGGGCGCUGCAGCUGCAGCUCUACAAAGCGCAGCAGGAGAAGAAGCGGCUGCAGGAGGAGCUGAGCCUGCACCAGGGCCAGUGUGAGGAGCUGAGGCAGUGGCAGCAGCAGUGUGAACGUGUCAGCCCCAAACUAGAAGAGACCAGGUGGGAGGUUUGUCAGAAGGCAGCUGAGAUCUCACUGCUCAAGCAGCAGCUUCGAGACUCCCAGGAGGAGAUGGCUCAGAAACUCAGUGAGAUCUUCAGCUUGAAGACCCAGCUGCGGGAGGCCCGGGCGGAGGUGCAAGCCAAGGACUCGCAGCUGGCCCAGCUAGGGGACUCCUUCCAGGCCCCACCGGAGCCCAGCCCCUCCCUCCCUUUGGGGGAUGCUCCCAUGCCAGUCUGCCAGGACUUCUCUGGCUGUGAAACUGACGACUCCAAGUGUUGGGGUCUUCACAGCGAGAGUGGGGAGCCCCCGGAGAGGCAGGUGGAGUGGCUGUGGGCAGAGCUGCUGCGCGAGCGGCGCCAGGGCCAGCUGCAGGCUGUGAACUUUGAGCUGGAGCGGAAAACCUGGCAGGAGGAGAAGGAGAAAGUGCUGCGCUACCAGAGGGAGAUCCAGGCAAGCUACAUGGAGAUGUACCAGCGCAGCCAGGCUUUGGAAAGGGAGCUGCGGCACCUGCGGGCUGAGCCCAGAGAUGCUGACGCCGACGCCGACUCACCCUGGAUCGAGAGAGUCGAGUCUUCAAAAAUCUGAAUAGGAAGCCAGCAGCCUGGACUGGGAAGGGGCAAGAGCUCUUGGGAUGGUACCCAGGCUGCACCAUGGACUGACUGGGUUAGCCAAGGGGGCUUCUCCAUCUCAGACUGAUGAAUCUGUGACCACUGCAGGGCCAUCCCUGUGGGAGUCUCAAGAGCAAGUGUUACUUCUGCCUCUGCAGCAGGGGCAUGUGCUCCAACAGCUGCCUUUGGCAGGGCGAGUUUGCACCAUGAUUCUUACUGUCCAGCAAACAGAAGCCCAGCAUCAAGUGGGAUUUCCUGUUCCUCCUCCCCCAUCCCCUGCUGCUUCCUACCCCAGUGAGGGCUCUGGCCCUGCUAGGGAAGUGCCCAACUUCGUCUCCUUACGCUGUCCAAGCUGCAUGCCUGCCAGUCUUGCUCCAUGUCCUUCACGCUGUGCUGGGGCCAGUGGGCAGUCCAGCCUGAGAGCUGCAGGCAGAGUGAACCUGCCCUGCUGUGCCUGUGCUGGGUGCCCAUGCAGGUAGCCUGGCCUUGGGCUUGAGGCCUGGGAAAUGUGAAACAUGGAUGCUGGGAGCACUUCCUGCCAGGGCUAGAGCUGCCCUGGCACCUGGCUGUGCUGGAGUAUCUGCAGCAGGAGAAAAGGAGUGACUAUAGGGCUCAUGUCACGGGGGACAGAUGCAGGGGCUUUGCAUGCCACCCAGGGCUGUGGCCUCUGUGCUGGGGCUUCUCGUGCUGCUUCAGAGAUGGAGAAGAGCUGGGUUGGUAUCCUGCCAUAGAGAAGGGGAAAAGGAAAGCAGCUCCUGCCAGAGAGCAUGCACCAUCACUCAGGCCUAUCCUCGCCCCCUGCCCAGCCGACGUCUGGGUAUGAAGCUUGCCUCGCAGAGCCUUCUUUCACCAGGAGGCAGGCUGUGGGUUGGUGCUGAGGGGUGGGCAAGGGCUGGCUAGCACCAUGGGGUGGGGCGGGGAGCUGGGUGCUCUGGAUAUGAAGGUCCAGGCCUGGCAAGGCUCUCCUCAGCCUCUCCUGGAAUAAAUCUGAAUUUGGUACUUCUGGCUCCUGUGGCUGCUUCUUUCUCUCCCUCCAUGGGGGUGACCCCAGCAGCUGUCCUUGGAUGCUCACGUGGGUGAGUUACAGGCCUCCCAGCUGACAGGAUAGGGCAGCAGGGAAGCUGGUAUUUGCUCUGCACUCCAGGACGUUGCUGGAGCCAAAGCUCCAUUUGCUGCUGACCAGGGAGGUUGAGCAAAAGGCAGGAGAGUCUGGGAAGGGGAGCAGUGCUCCCAGCGUGGGGACCAGGGGCCCAGUUUCUGCGGAUGAUGCAGACAGGGCCCCACAUGGCCUGGCCCCUGGCUGCCCAUGCUGGGCCCCACCUACAGGAGCUGCCUGCUCCAUUGUCCAUGUUGCUGCUGCAGUGUGGGGCUCUGGUUUGUCUCUAAUGGCCUGGCAGUGACAUGCUGCUCUUUAAGGUCAGACACAAGCCCCCACGAGCAGUCCUGGUGCAGCACCACUUGCCUCUCCCACCUGCAGGUUAUUUGAUGGGUGGAGAGGAACCAAACUGGCUUCCUCAAGUUGAUCUACUCAGUUCUGCUGGGCACAGGUGCUGCUGGGCUGGCAGGGUCAAUCUCUCUGGCCUUGUCCUGGCAGCACCCUCUCAACUCUGUUUGGAACUGAAAUACACAAGAUGCCAACAGCUCUAGUACCCUCAACCACUGGCCAGGGUCUCCUUUUAAAUCACCUCUUGUCAUGGUGGUGCCUG